UGCUUUUCUCUUCCCCAGUCGCACCGCCAACUGCCUGACCGUCGGCAGCAUCGUUCGUGACGGGUCGUCCCUAUAUAUCUGUGCGUGUAUCGUGUGAGUGUGUCUGUGUUCCAGUGCAAAGCUACACACGUUCGUCAAUUGAUCAACCGCGGCAGGAGGAAAAAAACCUAUUAUUGAUUGUGACUAGACCUCACACGCCUCUUCCACGGCCUUUUUUUUUUUUGAAUUAUCCUUUCGUUUAGAUCAUUUGACUUGAUGAUGUGAUUGAAUAUUGAACGUGAUUGGUUCAUUUACGCCGGGAUUUUCUAUUCUUGUUCCUACUGUGCGCAACAUCUAAAAUUAGUUUGAAAGAAAAAGAUUUAAAAGAAAACGAGAAAAAAAAAUGGAGGACGAAUUGAAAUGUCCGUCGUGUCGCCAAUUUUUCGCGCAGCCCGUCUUACUGCCAUGUUUUCACGCAAUGUGUCUCAGUUGCGCGCUGCAGAAUCAACAGCCCGUUGUCAACAAUUUGGCCAGUCAUGCGACAGCUCACGAACAACAACUGGAACAGCCAUUACCACCACCACCGACCGAAUUGCAAUUACUCUCUGAAUUGCAUUGCAACGAUUGCAACGAUUCGGAUCAAUUGUCCAUUUUGAGCGAGACGGACAGCGGAGUUGUGGUCAGCACGAGCGGCAGCAGCGGAGGCAGCAGCCGGCCGAGCAGUUGCCACAUCCAAGGCGCAUCAACGACGACGACCGCAGCCAACCAUUCAACUGUUGCGGCCGCCACAAUUUCGCUCAGCUGCCCGUCGUGUCGCAAACUCGUCUACUUUGAUGAAAACGGAGCUCAAAAUCUGCCUCGCUACAGGGCCAUGCAAACGAUCGUGGACAAGUUCACGGAGACGUGUAACCGUUCGUCAGCCAACGCCAGCACAGCGUGCCAACUGUGUCCGGACACGACCGAAGCCGGCCAGCAAACUGCCACCGUCUUUUGCCAACAGUGUCAAGUUUUUUACUGCGACCGCUGUCGUGAGAAUUGCCACCCGGCCCGCGGUCCACUUGCUAAACAUAGCCUCAUCUCACCGCAUCAGGGACGUCUAGCUCUUCGUUCUCUCAAAGAAAAAUUCAAGCAACAGCAGUCGUCUUCAGAUGCCGUUCCACACUGCAGCGAACACAGUGAUCAGGUCCAAUCUUAUUAUUGCAACACUUGUCGAUUGGGAGCCUGCCACUUGUGCGUUUUAUCAGAUGCCGGUCGUCAUCAAAAUCACGACGUCCAUCUAUUGGCGCUUAUCUGCAAACAGCAAAAGGCCGAGUUGACGCAAUCGUUGCAACAGCUGUCGGAGAAAGCCAAAAGUGCGACGGAGGUGAUCCAUCGCUUGAAGAGCUCGUCGGAACGAGUCCAGGAGAGUUGUGCCAACGUCGAAUCGGCCAUCCAUGUUCAAUGUCUGGAACUGAUGGAAGCAUUGCGACGCAGGGAAGAAGCCCUGGUGGACUUUGCCCGGCGUGAACGUGACUUGCAAUUGCGACGAUUGCGGGAAGAGGUGGCCACUUGCACGGCCCACCUGCAGCACACGACGGCGCUCGUUCAAUUCUGCAUCGAAGCUUUGAAAGAAUCCGAUUCAUCGGCUUUUCUUCAGAUUGGGUCGAUGCUAGUCAAUCGCGUCUCUAAUUUAGAUCUGACAUGGCGACAGGAAAUGGACGAAUUGACCAAUCGGGCUAGUCCGACACUUGAGCUCACGUUGGACGAUUUAGGUCUUCGGCGCAACAUUGACCAACUGACUUUCCUGGAAAUGAAACCUCCCGGGCCACCAAGAAUCUUGGCCGAGGAUUGCAGCGCAGAAAACAAUUCAAUCACCGUAGCCUGGCAACCGCAUCCGGCCUCCUUUGUCGAAGGUUACGUCCUCGAGCUGGACGAUGGAGGAGGCGUCGCCGCCGGCCGUUUCCGCGAGGUUUACUGUGGCAAGGAAACCAUCUGCACGGUGGACGGCCUGCAUUUCAAUUCGCUUUAUAACGCCCGUGUUAAAGCCUUCAACAGCAGCGGUGAAGGGCCCUACAGCGAUUCGCUGGGUCUUCACACGGCCGAAGUGGCUUGGUUCACAUUUGAUAUGACAGCCUAUCCAGCAGAAACUCGUUUAUCGCCAGACGGACUAACUGCCACGACCGACAGUUACGAACCGCGUGUUCUGCUUAGUUCGGUCGGUUUCUCACGUGGCGUCCACUACUGGGAAUUCACCGUCGACCGUUACGAUGGAGCAGCCGAUCCAGCAUUUGGCGUCGCUAGGCGAGACGUCGCAAGAGAUUCCAUGCUGGGCAAAGACGAAUUAGGAUGGUCCAUGUACAUUGACCAUCAACGGUCCUGGUUCCUACACAAUAACGUGCACAGCCAUCGAACCGAUGGCGGAAUCGACGUCGGUUCUACAAUUGGUGUCCUACUCGACCUCGACCGGCGUCAGUUGAGUUUCUUCGUCAACGAAGAGCCUCAGGGUACGGUGGCAUUCGUCGACCUAUGCGGCGUUUUCUAUCCGGCCGUUUCGCUCAACCGCAAUGUUCAAGUCACGCUUCAUUCGGCACUGGAUCCUCCGCCCUCUUCGGCUUCCUUUCCGGACAGCGGCGAAGAGAGUGACGAAGGCCAUCCAAUUGGCGGCGGCGAUGUCGCUGAACGAAUCAACAGCGGGACGAAAUCUUCUGAAUCGAUGACUUCGAUCACGUGUGCCGUUGCAGCGCUCUGAAAUACCCUGUCUUCGAGAGAACAGAAAGAAAACCAAUCACAACCAAAAUUCAAAUUUGACUAAAAUGUUCUGUUUGUUUUUCGAAAUUGUAUACAUGAAUUAUGAUGUCGAACGGCGCUUCAAUCUCACCUAUUACUGCUUUUAUCUCCUUUCUCUAUUUGCAUAUUUAUAUAUAUAUUUUAAAGAAAGGGUUUAGUGAAAAUCUAGAGCCCAUAUGCGUUUUGUAUUGCUAUUUCAUAAAUGGAAAAAAAAAGAAAACAAAUGAUGUCUUGUAAUGUUGUCCAAUGUUUCACGUCUCACUCCGGAAAAUUGAUGGGUCAUUUGCUCUUGUUCUUUCAUCUCUUCUGGUUUUUUUUUUUUUGAAAAAUAGUUUACGAAGGAAAACAAAAACUUA